CACUCUCUGCUCUCAUCUUCUUCGUACAACACAACUCUCAGUUUGGUAGUGUUAUCAUAUAUCCUUCUCUCUUCUUCUUCCUCUUCCUCUUUCAUCUGUCUAUAAUCUCUCCUUGAAAAUAUUUUUGAGAAGGAAAAAAAUGUCGGAAGCUAUGAACAUAUCCGUGAACGGACAGUCUCAGGUGCCUCCUGGGUUCAGGUUUCAUCCGACCGAAGAAGAGCUCUUGCAGUAUUACCUCAGGAAGAAGGUUUCUAACAUCAAGAUCGAUCUCGAUGUUAUUCGCGACGUCGAUCUCAACAAGCUCGAGCCCUGGGAUAUUCAAGAGAGGUGUAAAAUAGGGACUACGCCCCAGAACGACUGGUACUUUUUCAGCCACAAGGACAAGAAAUAUCCGACCGGGACGAGGACGAACCGAGCCACAGCCGCCGGCUUCUGGAAGGCAACCGGCCGCGACAAGAUCAUUCACAGCAACGGCCGGAGGAUAGGGAUGAGGAAGACUCUUGUUUUCUACAAAGGACGAGCCCCUCACGGCCAGAAAUCCGAUUGGAUCAUGCACGAGUACCGUCUCGACGAUAAUACUCCCACUUGUGACACCACCGUUGUGAAUAUAAUAGGGGAAGCAUCACAAGAAGAAGGGUGGGUGGUUUGUCGUAUUUUCAAGAAGAAGAAUCUUCACAAAACCCUUAACAGCCCGGUCGGAUCUUCCCUCAGCGACGGAGACGCGGCGGCGAGGGCGACUUCGUCGUCGCAGAUGUUCAACGAAGAGACUAUCGAGCAAUUUCUCGAAAUCAUGGGGCGAUCUUGUAAAGAAGAGCUAAAUAUAGACCCUUUCAUGAAACUCCCCAACCUCGAGAGCCCUCGCAACGCCACCACCAGUUACCAGCGCUCGAUGGACGACCACGACGGACCAGUCAACAACUUCCACGUCAGCCCCGUUGACACCAGCUUCGUCACCAGCUGGGCGGCCUUGGACCGGCUCGUGGCCUCGCAGCUCAACGGGCCCUCCUCGUACUCGAUCCCGACCGUCGACGAGAGCCCCUCCGAAACCUUACGACCUGCAUUCCCCGGUCUGAACCGGUCCGGUUCGUACCAAACCGUUCUGACGCAGGAUUUCGCACCGGAGAUGGAGCUGUGGAACACGGCCUUCGGGAGAACGACGUCAUCGCUGUCGUCAUCGUCCGACCCAUUGUGCCACGUGUCGAACGGUAGUGGAUAACGGGAAUGUUGGGGGAGAAAGAGAGAGAGAACACAUGGUGUAGAAAUAUAUAAUCAUACCAUAUAGUUGUUGAAACACGAAGAAGUCAGAUUUGUGAUAAUUACAGUGGUUAUCUUGAAAUUAUUAUAAGGGAUGAUUAACUAAUGAGGUGAAUAAAGUUGCAGAGGA